AUGUCCUCAGAUAUUUAUGCUGAACCAGAUCUAUCAAAGAAGGUGAGAUACAGCAGAAAGGAGGACGGAGCAGAGUGGGAGCAGAGGGAGGUGGAUAUCUACGAGAGUACAGAUGUGAUCAGAGAUACUUAUGAUCAUUUUCAGUCACAGGAAGGAGACAUGACAGACAACAUGACUCAGCUAGAGAAGAGAUAUGAAAAACUGAGUGAAAACCACAAACAGCAACAGGCUGAACUUCAAGACACAAAACGACACAACAGUCAGUUACAGAGCAGUUAUGAUAAACUGAGUAAAAACCACAGUCAGCUACAGGAAGAAGUGAAGAAGCUGAAGGAGAAGAUAGAAGAGAAGUGUCCUGAUCGAUGGACGAGAUUUGGAAGCAGCUGUUACUUUAAAUCCACUGAGACAAAGACUUGGUCUGAGAGCAGGAAACACUGUAAGACCAGAGGAGCUGAUCUGGUGAUGAUAGACAGCAAAGAGGAACAGGAAUUUAUCAAUGAAUUUGGAGGAUACUCUUGGAUUGGUCUGAGCACCAAACAGACACCAGGAGGAUCUAAAUGGGAAUGGGUGGACGGAUCAGCGCUGAGAGAAACGUUCUGGGCAAAUGGACCGCGAGAUCCAUGGUCAGAUGACAAUGCAGUUUAUUGUAGUUACGAUGGGACAUGGAGGCAGUACACUAUUUCCUUUUCUAUGAUCUUCAUGUGUGAGAAAUGA